AUGUUAAAUUCGAAUAAAAGUCUUCAUAAAACAGAAAAAGGAAAAGGAGAAAACACCACUUUAAUCAGUGGUAUUGAAAAUUCAAAAAAAGCUACAAACUGUAACAUUGCUACAAACUCAAGACAAUCUCCUGCAAAAAAUUCAGCGGAUAAUGCAAAAAUAAAACCGAAACAAGAUGAAGAAGAACGUUUAAAAACUGUGAGACAACCUAUUGAUGACUUACUUUUAGAUGAAACAAAAAAACUUCCACCAUUGGUUCGUAUUCCAAAUCUUACUUUAACUGGUCCAGCCUUCGGUGAUAUAUUAAUGGUUGUGGAAUUUGUUCGAAAUUUCGCUCAUGUACUCCAAAUCGAUCUAGAAACAGUGCCGAAAUUGGAUGAAAUUGUUGCUGGUAUUCAGAACGAUCCUAAACAUAUUAUGUCAUUUCUACGACUUACUAGAACUCUUUUAUAUUUGGUGCUUGAAUUUCCUGGUUUACCAAGUGGUGUUGCUGGACGAACCGCGCUUGGGCAAUCUUUAAAAGAAAUCGGUGUUCAUCGCGAAAAUUUUUCAGAAUUGAUGAAAAUGUUUUUGUUAUCAAGAUGCGAAAAAGCGCAAAAGCUCGGCAUCAAAUUAGAGAAUUGUUCAUUCGAAUAUCUUGAUCCGGUAUCAAAAGCGGCAAUAUUGGCUAUAUUUUGUAAUGAGCUUCUUAGUUGCAAGAAUGUCAUGCAGGAAAUUGAAUCAAACACAGAAGAAAUAAUUCGUUUAAAGGGUGAAAAAUGGUUACGAGAGGGUCGAAGUCGUGCUCUACGAGGUGUACAAGCUAAAAAACGAGCUGGCCUUCAUCGAAAGGCAAGUCUGAUCUUUUUUAUGUUAACAAUGCUUAUACAGGAAAUGAAAGAUGCAAGUGAAAAUGGAGUUGGUUCACCGCAUUCUUCGCAAUCUUAUGGUUCAGAAGAACGCGUAAUCAGCCCUCCCCUUCAUUCAACACCUACUUUAAAAGCACUCACUCCAGGUCUUGGGCAGUGUGAUAUUAUCACGAAGGAAGAAGAGGAAAUGAGCAUUGAUCAACUGGAAGAAUACAUAAAUAAAUUGAAUUCGGAGGCUGAAAUAUUGCGUGAUAAGCAUAAUGCGCUCUCUGAACGUGUACGAACUUUACCGCUUGGACAGGAUCGAUUUCAUCGCUAUUUUUGGUCUGUUCCUUCAUAUGGUGCUCCAUUAGUGGAAAGUAUUGCAUCAGGAUCAUUAAACAAUCCUGCUGUUAAUAUCGAUAUUACUUGUGCAGAUGACCCACCUUCUAUCGUUGAUGAUCCUUAUCAUUAUAUGGAUCCCGACGUAAUUGCUUGUGUUGAAGAUAUUCUUGACGAAAUGUGUGUUGCAGAAGAAAAACCCGACAAAGGCAAAAAAGUUCGAUUUCGCCGGUUAGACAACAAAUGUAAGCGAGGUUGGUGGACCAUCACAAAUGAGAAACAAGUAGAGCAGUUUCGUGGAACAUUACAUGGACGUGGGAUACGUGAACGCGUUUUGCAACGUGUCCUUGCAAAAGAUGCCAGCGAAUUCGCUUAUGGCAAACAGCUGAAAUUUUCAACAGUUAGUCGAUCUCUUACGAAAUUCGAAUUGAAUCAGUCAACUUGUUCACGACUUGCAAAUAAAGUUGCAGCACUGGAACAAAAAGUGUUGGCUGCCAAUUUUUGUUGCGAGCCAUCAAGAUUCAUCGAUACUGAUGAUGUUGACAGUGAAGAUAGCUUAGAUGGUUGGAAUCGAGACGAUAAAUAUAUUUUUCUAAAAAGACAAGAGAAUGAUGAUGAUUGUGAUCUCGUCGAUUGCGAAGAAUUCAAACACAUAAAGCGUCGAUUAUUGGGUCUUGAAAAAAAUAUCGAGAGACGAUACCUAUUACACAGAUAUCAUGCCAGAUCGUGGAUACCAGCUGAAUUAAUUCUUCGUGCACAGGAACCAAGUUAUAAUAAUUUGGAUCAAGGAAAUUCGAAUAAUGAUACGGUAGCAAAUGGCAGUUCGAAGGUAAAUAUGAAAAAAAUAGAUGUAAAUGAACAGCCGGUAUCGAGCGCCAUUGUAUGCGAUGAAAGUGGAGAUACACUUCUAUUGCAGAAAUGGCGAAAAUUUGUCGAGGAAGCAAAAACUGGUGGACAGGUGAUGCUGGCUAUCCAGGCUUUGGAUGCUGGUGUAGCAUGGGAAAAGUCGAUUAUGAAAGUUUGCUGCCAGAUUUGUCGGAAUAAUGAAAAUGAAAGUCAGCUUCUGUUAUGCGAUUCUUGUGAUUUUGGUUAUCAUCUAUAUUGUUUUAGGCCUCGACUUUCUGCUGUUCCACCCGGUGAUUGGUUCUGCCCAUUGUGUGUCCAGCGAGCAUGUGGUAAAGUUCUUUGCCUUCUUUGUGGUCAAUAUUCACAGUCAAAUGUAAUUGUUAUUUGUUCGAAGUGUUAUUACGGAUAUCAUCCUAUAUGUUUCGAUCGUCCUCCAGUUGUAGCUGAUGCAAAACAGUGGACAUGCCCUGGAUGUCUCAAUGUUGCGGGGUCAUCUACAGAAUUAAAAAAUGCCUUAUUGAAUAACGACAUAGAAAUGGGUACAGACCAACAAGAAAGUGGAGAAAAUAAUUUAAACGGGAUGCACGAUGUUAUUGUUGGUAGACCUGUUUAUGGUCACGCAGAUACAUCAAUAAAGCCUAAAAGUGGCCACAAAAGAAAGCUUCCUCCUCCAGAUUAUGAUUUUCCACCUGAUAUGUUGAAUUCUCUCUUUAUGACGAUGAUCGACGAAAUGUGGAGAUUGCCAGAAUCUGAACCUUUUCGUUAUCCGGUUGAUCCGCGAGUUGUUCCGCUUUACAGAAAAAUAAUCAAAAAUCCUAUAGAUUUAUCGGAGAUUCGCAGUAACAUCGAAACACAAAGAUAUGAUAGGCAAGAAAAAUUUUUGGAAGAUGUCGACAAAAUUUUCGAAAAUUGUCGAAAAUUCAAUGAAGAUAAUUCAGAAAUCGGUGCGGCUGGUAUUGCUUUACAUAAAUUUUAUACGAAACGAUGGAAACAAUUGCGAUACAAUUUUUCCAAAAGAUUAAAAAGAUUACAAACAAAGCAUCCCAGAAGCGAUAGACCUCACUCUUCAUGUGAAGCUGCUGGGCCUUCACUGGCAUUAUAA